UAAACAUCCCGAUAGAAAUCUAGUUGAUGGAUAGUGAUCGUGAUACAAAUACAAAGGUACGACUGCGCGCCGACGGCAGGCAACCCCGUAGGCCCGCGCGCUGAGGCUCCCGACGAUGGAUCGCGUCCGCCGACCGCUGCGAGUAUCAUCAUUACCCUCCGCACGCAGGCAGGCAGACAGGCGAGCGCGCAUGCACCAACAGCCACCGGCACAUCCUCUCGCGCACGAGAGAGAGAGAGAGAAAGAGCGAGCGAGCGAGCGAGCGAACGAGAGAGAGAGAGAGAGAGAGAGAGAGAGAGCGGGAGAGCGAGGGAGGAAGACACACGAGAAAGGAACUUCUGUGAGUGAGCCAGCGCGAAGGAAGGUGUCUGUGAUACUCGGCGUGCAAGAACCUCUACCUGCGUGUGUGUGCGUGUGUCAGAGACAGAAAGAGAGAGGGAGGGAGACACAGAAAGGGAGAGGAAGAAGAAGAGAGAGAGUGCGCGCGCGAGCAAGCGACAGAGAGCGCCGCCGUCAGCGACAGAGAGCGCCGCCGUCAGCGACAGGGAGCGCCGCCGUCAGCGACAGGGAGCGCCACCGUCAGCGACAGAGAGCGCCGCCGUCAGCGACAGAGAGCGCCGCCGUCAGCGACAGGGAGCGCCGCCGUCAGCGACAGGGAGCGCCACCGUCAGCGACAGAGAGCGCCGCCGUCAGCGAUAGAGAGCGCCGCCGUCAGCGACAGAGAGCGCUGCCGUCAGCGACAGGGAGCGCCACCGUCAGCGACAGAGAGCGCCGCCGUCAGCGACAGAGAGCGCCGCCGUCAGCGACAGAGAGCGCCACCGUCAGCGACCCCUGCGCCUCGUCACCACGCCGACGCACGAGUGAAUGCUGUGCUGCGACCCGCGUCGCGACAAAGAGGGCGCCGCCGACGCCACCGCCAUGGCGACCAACGCCGCCACCGCCCCCGCCGACCGCUCCGACUGGAUGUCGCAGCUUCCUGCGCACCUCCACAAGGUGGCGUUGA